GACAUGGUAACGGAUCCAUGACUGUGCUUCUGUUAUUAUCAACGCCAGUAACGGUUAAACCUAUUGCAUGUGUCGAAAUGAAGGACGAGAAGAGUAACUCUAUAUUGCCCACUGAAGCGACUCGAUUGAGACCAAGAUUGGAAAGUUUCGAUGAUGUUCUGCCGUAUGUCGGUGACUACGGGAGAUAUCAAUGGCUGUUGUUAUUGUCGUUACUACCUUAUGGCGCGACGUACGCGUUUCUUUAUUUCUCGCAAUUUUUCAUUACGAUUAUUCCCACGGAACACUGGUGCAGGAUAGACGAAUUAGUAAACUCGAAUUUCACCGAAGAAGAGAGGAUUAAGAUAGCGAUUCCAGUGACGAACGUUUAUCCUUAUUACGAACAAUGUCAACGGAAGGACGUAAACUUCACAGAGCUGUUGAAGAGCGAUAAGAGCCUGAGCUCAUCGGGCUUCCAAACAAACAAAACGAUAAAAUGUACUCAAUGGGAGUAUAAUUUUACGCAGAUUCCAUAUCCUAGUAUAGGAACUGAGCUAGAUUGGGUAUGCGACCGAGAAUACCUCGUAUCAACGGCGCAGGCCAUCUUCUUCUGCGGAUCCAUCAUCGGUGGUUUCCUAGUCGGUUGGAUCGCCGAUCACAAGGGUCGUAUCCCAGCUUUAAUGUUCUGCAAUGGUAUCGCCCUUUUUGCCUCCAUUUUCACUGCCAGCGCAAAUAGUUUUUGGUCAUUCGCCGUCUGUAGGUUUCUCACUGGACUGGCGUUCGAUAACUGUAUCAACAUUCCUCUGAUUAUCGGUAAGCCUUCUACGAAAGCUUUUGCAACCACCAGAGAUGAAUAUAUUGAUUUUGUUAUUGUUAAAGAUCGUUUCAUCGAUUUUCAUGUCGUCGAGGAUAGUUAUAUCUUGAUAUUCUUAAAUCGAGUUAUACAAGGUGGUUGUUUGAACUGUGUAAGGGCUAAAGGUACGACUCGUAUUAUAUCUUUCGUUAAUUAUUCUCGAAAUAAAUUCUUGCAGAGUAACAUGGAGGCACCGGACAAAAUUCAAGAAUCAGCGACGCUGCUCGAUCUGUUCAAAACGCCACGGUUGGCGAGAAACACUAUUCUUCUAGUUGCAUUCUGGUGUUUCACCCUGAUCUCGUUCGACGGUCACGUGUAUUCAUUAAAACUUAUCCAGAGCUCGGUGUUCGUGUCGUUCUCGAUCGCCUGUGCCACAGAACUUCCAGCUGGGUUAUUACUCGCCCUGUUGCUCGACCGAUGGGGUCGUAGACUCUGCGGAUUUCUCACGAUGGCAAUGACCUGUGUACUCAGUAUCGCUGAACUUAUGCUGCAUUCCAUGCUCGCGAAAUUAGUAAUGUCAAUAUUGUCGCGAUUCUGUCUGAACAUGGCAGCCAAUGUUGGUCUUCAGUAUGCAGCAGAACUUCUGCCCACGCCAGUCAGAUCGCAGGGCGUAUCGUUCAUUCAUAUUUUCGGAAUAGUUGCACACUCUUUGGCGCCAUAUAUCACUGACUCGGCUAGAAUUUGGGAGGGAUUUCCAAUGCUCAUUAUCAGCACGGUGUCCUUUUUUGGCGCUGCACUGGUUUUGUUCCUGCCGGAAACUGUCGGCCAGAAUCUUCCUCAGACUAUCAAGCAAGGCGAAGAAUUCGGAAGGGACCAACAUUUCUGGUCGUUGCCUUGCUAUCAUAAGACACACUUCAAUGGACAUCAACACUAUCACUCCUGUGAACGAUAAUUAUCUGAUUUUUAAUAAUAAUUCAAUUAAAAAACACGAAGGAGGAUUCGUGUUUUUUUAGAAGUAACAAUAUUACAAGCGGAUCAGUCUGACGAUUUUUGUACGAGAAAAAAUCGGAACAUAUUAUUUUUCUAUUCUCCUACAUUAAUUUUUAUUUUUAUCGUUUACGUUUAAGAAUUUGUAAGCCUUAAUUCUAAAAAGAGCGAGCUUAGAAAUCGUGUUCCUAUAUAAUUUUUAUUAUUAUCUUUUAAGAGCUUUUAUAAUUUUAAUGCUAAUUUUCACUUGCGUUACGCACGUUCGAAUCGUUCAGCGGUUGGUGCUAAUUUGAUAUUCAAAGAUAUUACGUAGAAUAAUAUCGAAAAUGUUACGUAAAUUAAUAAUUACGUAAUUUAUUAAUUACGUAAAUAAUAAAUUAGGGAGAUUUAAAUUUUUGAUUCCUUUAAUGUUUUUAACAUUUUUCACUGGAAUAUAUUGGACAAAAUCUUAUUUAAAAAAAUAGUACGUUUAGAUAAUUUGUCUUUGUGAAAAGAAACAGUUUUAUAUCUUUUGAACGAUUAUCCACGUAUUUUUAACGAUUAUUUAUCUAUUCGUUAUAUUUUUUGUACGAUUUUAAAUAACGUACAAUAUUAAUAAAAUCCAAGCUUGAAGACUUUUUAAAUUAUUGUUAUAAUUUCUUCAGCACCAACUGCUGGACUUUUAUCUAUCUAAAACGAGUUGUGCGUACAUUUAAAAAAAAAAAUAACUCUAAUUGACUGUUUCUAUGGUUUAGGAAGAAGAAAAAAAGAAAGGAAAGAAUAUUGUAAGCAAAUCGUGCCAUCGUAUGACAAUCAGUGUUCGUCGUUGUGCCAAUAACAACGCAAUCAAUCUGAAGAAACCUAUUCAUAGUAUUCAUAAUCAUCACUCACGUAUACAUACGCGUAUACACUCACGUCCAUAAGAUUGAUUCACCGAAUAAAACUUCCAUAAACCUUAAUAUAAGAAACAAUUCUACUUUUUAUUUGCACACACAUCGACGAAUCCCCCGAACAAAAAUAAACUGCUAAAUAUCUCUAUAAUUAAAUACAUUAAUGCUCGAUGAUCCUCGUUCAUCAUUAUACGUCUAAUCUAACUCCAUCCUAUAAUUAGGAGUUCUACGAUAACGAUCACUUAUGUUACAAUGUAUUAACCCUUAACAGCCGAACUUAAUUAUAAUUAAUUAUAGAAAAUGAAAUGCUUCAUUAUACGGAUAUUUGAAGUAAUAUUCUGUAUUAUACAGGGUGUCUGGUAAUUGAUACUGUGAUAACCAGUGGUUAGUUAAUGUGGUUAAUAACCAGUGGUACAGGAUAAUACUAUGUGAAAGGAUCUGUUGAAAAUAUAGAACGAGAGAUUUUCGUACGACGUUCGAGAGAAUGAAAUUCUGAAGCUUUGUCAACUCGUGUUCACACGACAUUCACGAAACAUAUUCAAAAUUUAUUUUCUCGAAAAUACGAAGAAUCAUCAGUUACGAAACACUCUGUACUAUAUCACAUUAUUAUAUCACUAUCGUAUUGAUAAGAAAUGUCGAUAUUAUAACUCCUUAAGACUCCCUUAAUAUUUAUUUGCGAUUCAGCUUAAUAUGUAUUUCAAUAUUAAAUUGUAAUGUGUAAUUUCAAGAUUAAAAAUAUAAAAGAAUUCAUUCCUGAUUA